AUGAAGAGCAAGCGUGCGCAAGAGGCUGUCGCCGCAGCUGAAGACAAGCCAGUCGACACUCACCAAGAUGCGGACCCUUCUACCAAGAAGCGCAAGCGCAGCGGCGACGACGAGGUAGAAGACACCGGCAAGAAGGUCAAGAAAGACAAGAAGAAGAAAAAGGGCGAGAAGGAGAGCCGCAAAGAGAAGAAGGACAAGCGCAAGGACCUUCAGGAUCUUCCCGAAGCGGAGGACGACGAGUCGGACGCCGCCGCCAAUGGCGAGUUGAGCAACGAGUCCACUGCCGCGGUCGAAGAGAAGAAGAAGGACAAGAAGAGCAAGAAGGAAAAGAAGGACAAGAACGACAAGACGGAAGAGGCGCCCAAGAAAAAGUCCAAAAAGAACAAGAAGCCCUCGUCCGAUGAGACCACGACUGUCGCCCCCGAAGACGCCAUCCCCAAUGGCGCCAGCAACGGCAUUGACCUGGACGUCGACGCAGCCAAUGGCGACGAGGAUGCCGAGGAGGGCAAGCCUGAAAAGGCGGCGCGCCACAUUGUCUUUGUCGGCAACCUGCCGUACACGGCGACGGCGGCCAGCAUCUCGGCGCACUUUGCCACGCUGUCGCCCAUUGCCGUGCGGUGCCUGACCAACAAGGGCGACACCAAGCACACCUGCAAGGGCAUCGCCUUUGUCGAGUUUGCGCACGUCUUCCAGCAGCGCACCUGCCUGGACAAGUUCCACCACAGCAUGUUUGACGACGGGCAGUCGGAGGCGCGCAAGAUUAACGUCGAGUUGUCUGCUGGAGGCGGCGGCAAAGGCGACAACCGAUCGGAAAAGAUUCGCCAAAAGAACAUCAAGCUAGAGGAGAACCGUGCCAAGCGCAUCGAAAAGGAAAAGACGGGCAAGACGGGGGCGGCGGCGGCGACGGAGGGCAAGGGCGAGAGCGGCACCGUGGAGGAGCAGCAGGAGCACAUGGAUGAGCAGAUUCACCCGAGCCGUCGCGCGCAGAUGGGCAGCGACGCGCCAGAGGAGGACCUGAACGGUGGUGGAGGCUGCCAUGAUCCCUAUUAA